UUUCACCCCCCUCCUCUCACAUACUUACAGGUGGGGCCUGCGUGGGACCGACAGUUUUCCUCUCACAAGGGGGGGUGUAAUCAGGAAGGAGGGGGGGUGUGUAUAGAAUGGGCCAUACAAAAUCAUUAAAUUCAAGACCCACCUCCAUCUCCCCCAUCUCUGUAAAUACAAAACAACUUUACUCCAACAAAACCCAACACCCACCUACACAAAUGAACCAAAAACCCUUCCUUUUUUCACUUUCCUUAAUCCUUAUUUUCCUCAAAACCACCGUCAAUGCUGCCUCAUUCAGUGUCGGCGGCGGUGUCGGAGUUGGUGUCGGUGUCGGCGGCGCCGGCGGCUGGGUAGGCGGCGGAGUUAGCUACCCAAACCCCUCAUCAUCUCCAGUUUCAAAUCUCAAAAAUGCCUAUAUUGCCCUUCAAGCUUGGAAAUCAGCUAUUAAAAGUGACCCAAAUGGGUUACUAAACUCAUGGGUCGGGUCAAAUGUGUGUGGUUACAAAGGUGUGUUUUGUGCAGAUCCGAGUGAUGAAAUGGGUGAUCCAUCUGAACCGGUAGUUGCAGGUAUAGAUCUCAACCAUGGUAACUUGGAGGGUAUUUUGGUAAAAGAGCUAUCAUUAUUAACAGAUUUAUCCCUUCUUCAUCUGAAUAGUAAUAGAUUCUCAGGUACAAUCCCACAAACGUUAAAAGACCUUUAUGCCCUUACAGAACUUGACCUCAGUAACAACCUCUUCACAGGCCCAUUUCCUGUUACCAUUUUACAAAUACCAAAUUUGUUAUAUCUAGACCUCAGAUUCAAUUCAUUUUCCGGCCCAAUUCCUCAAGAUUUGUUCAACAAAAAUCUCGAUGCAAUUUUCCUAAACAAUAACUUUUUUUCUGGUGAAAUCCCUCGAAAUUUAGCGAAUUCGCCUGCUUCGGUUAUUAAUUUGGCUAACAAUAAGCUUACGGGUGACAUACCGAUUAAUUUCGGGUAUUCGAGCCCAAAGUUGAAGGAAAUAUUGUUUUUGAACAAUCAGUUAACCGGGUGUAUACCUCAAGGGAUAGGUAUGUGGUCAGACGUGCAAGUUUUUGACGCGAGUUUCAACUCGUUGAUGGGUCAUUUACCGGAUACGAUAUCGUGUUUGGAGGAUAUUGAGGUGUUAAAUGUGGCUCAUAAUAAGUUAUCAGGGGAGUUACCAGAAUUGGUUUGUGAGUUAAGAAGUUUGUUGAAGUUGAGUGUGGCUUAUAAUUUUAUAUCAGGGUUUAGUCAACAAUGUGCCAAGUUGUAUGAUAAGAAUGUUGGUUUUGAUAUUGCUUUGAAUUGUAUACCCGGGUUGGCGAUGCAACGGCCCGAACCGGAUUGCGAUUCGGUUCCGGGUGGUGGGUUGAGUUGUCUUAGAGUUCCAUCUAUUAGGCCUCUUGCUUGUGGGACUUUACUUCAAAGGUUGAAUGCAUCAGCCCCAUGAGUUAGUUGUGUUGUGCAUUCAAGACAAGAAAUAUUGAUUCUUGAGGGGUAGUAUGGGAAAGAUUAGUACUUUUAUAGUUUUAUAUGUAAUUAUUGUUUGUGUUGGUAUGGAUAACACAUGUUUUUUAAGGGAUUUAACAAUCUUGGUACAGUAUUUGACCAGCAUUAUUAAUGGAGGUAGAGUAUUUGUUUAUUUAUUAUAAGUGUACUAUUUUUAUA